CUGUGCUAGUCCCCUACAAGAUCCCCAGUGUUGAAACCAAACCGCCACUCUUGCUCUCCUCAGAUCAAAAAGAGAUCCUCUGGCUUGCCUAUAUGUCAUAGCGAUCUCCCACUGUGUCCGUCAAUGUGAAGCAAACAAUGAUCUCCUGUGCCAGACAUUUGUGUGAGACUCUCAAGACGCGUUCUGCCCCGUCGCGUGCAUAUGCAACAGCAGGGGACGCAGGCAAGCGAAGAUUGAAUCUGCCUGUCGACUUCGGCAAGAGCCCGUUGCUACACCAUACAUCAGCCACUUUUCAGAAUGUGCCAGACCUGCCCCAGCAUGGAAAAACCACGAAACUCAAUCUUUACCAGGCUGUGAAUGCAGGGUUACGCGCUGCGCUCAAAGAGGACAACAAGGUGCUCUGUUUCGGUGAGGAUGUGGCAUUUGGGGGCGUGUUUCGGUGCACCAUGAACCUACAGUCAGAGUUCGGGCCCGACCGAGUCUUUAACACGCCCAUAACGGAGCAAGGUAUUGUUGGAGCAGCGAUUGGAAUGGCUGCAGAAGGAGCUAAACCAGUUGUCGAGAUCCAAUUUGCAGACUACGUUUUCCCGGCUUUUGAUCAAAUUGUGAAUGAGGCAUCCAAGUUCCGAUACCGUGAGGGUGCGACAGGCGCGAAUCUGGCUGGCAUGGUCCUCAGAAUGCCCUGCGGUGGAGUCGGGCAUGGUGCUUUGUACCACACUCAGUCUCCUGAGUCACUCUUCUGUCACAUCCCCGGCUUCAAGGUGGUGGUGCCUCGAUCGCCUACCCAAGCAAAAGGCCUUUUACUUGCCUCGAUCCUCGAAUCCCAAGACCCGGUGAUCUUCAUGGAGCCCAAAAUCUUAUAUCGAGCUGCGGUAGAAGAAGUUCCCGAUGAAUUAUACACUCUUCCCCUAGGUAAAGCCGAAGUACUCAAGACUGGUAGCGAUCUUACCAUGAUCUCUUAUGGCCGGCCUUUGUAUACCUGUAUGGCAGCCAUUGAAGCGGUAGAGAAGGCUUCACCGGGCCUGAGCGUCGAACUGAUUGAUCUCCGGACUAUCUUCCCUUGGGAUCGACAGACAGUGCUCGAAAGUGUGAAGAAGACGGGAAGAGCCAUGGUGGUCCAUGAAAGCAUGGUAAACUACGGGGUCGGGUCCGAACUAGCAGCCAGUAUCCAGGAGGCGGCUUUCUUGCAUCUCAAAGCUCCCAUUAAAAGGCUUGGUGGCUGGACAACUCAUACUGGACUGGCGUGGGAGAAGUUUAUCUUCCCCGACACAACGAGGAUUUACGACGGCGUCCUUGAACUUAUGGACUACUAAUUCGAUCGAUCCUCACGCGGGAGAGUCUGGGAUGUUGCGGCGACGGGCAAGGGCAGAUUGGAUCCUCGGAAAGUGUUAACUUCCUCUGCUUUAAGAGGAUCAACAUCUCAGGGAUGAUCGGUAGCAAUGGCAGGGUGGAAGGGGAUUGAUGGCGUUGGGGCAUAAUGAAGCUCGAACAAAGAUCCAAGCUGGCGAUGUUGACACACACCAAACCCAGUGAUGCUUGCGGACUUCCAAGUCGAUGUCAAUCUGGACAAACUCCAGCCGAGAGAUCUCUCACCACAAUCAUGGUGGCUUUGCUGAUUUCCCAAAGGAUGCAACAAAACGAGACAAUGGGGCAGAGGCCAAACCAAGCCGUUUGCAACUCACUAGGUCCGUGCUCAUAUUCUAGGCUGAAGAUCUUCUGGUUGCAUUCCAUAUACUCGAUGCGCAAGUAACUUGGUUCAAGGCACUCCCCAGAGCUUACUUAGAAGAGAUGUCUAGCUUGACCUUGGGAGCUGCAAG